CUACAGCCGCAACCGCGAGCAGAAAUCCCUAACCUGUCCCGACCCAACUCGCCGACGCCGCCGCGCCGUCGCCAAGGAACCCUAGCGGCGUGUUGAUGGCGUCGACGGAGGAGCAAGUCUUCCUUGGAUCGAGGAACCUGUCGUAUCACAGCGCCCACUACCCCGACGCUAGCGCCGAUUGGGAUUACCCGGAAGACCCAGGCGAUCGGCGGGAGGGGGUGGAGGUUGCCGAGCUCCAUGACCAGCCGGCGCGCAUGAGCACAUCAGAUUCAGAUCCAUGUGAAGUCGCCAGGCGUGCCUUGGACCUCAUGUUCCCGCGGGAGGAGGACAGCGAUGACGUCUGGAGCACCUGGAGCGCACGGGAGGAGGGCACUGAUGACGACGAUGAACAAGGAGGGGAAGGAGUCGAUGACUGUAGCACACAGGAGGGCAGCGAUUAUGAAGACGACGACCGCAAUUGCCAAGUGAUACUAGCCGAGACAAACUGUCCAGGAAAGCUCUACCCCAAGAGUGAAGCAGAUGAGAUAGAUGACAAAUGGGUACAUAGGUACUCCCAACAGCUUAGUGAACACGUGAAGCUGUGCAGGGAGAUUAUGGCUCUGCGAGGUGAUGAUGAUGAUGAGGAGGAGGAGGAGGAGAAGGAUGAUGAUGCUCUCCUUGCCCCGUCUAUCCCAUGAGAGUGUUCCCUGACGCAACAGGUGCCUGCGUCCUUGGGCUCAACUGCCACCACCGUAUCUACAAGACCCAUGACACUUCUACCACCCCAUCAACUCUUGGAGAGCGCACACCAAGUUAUAUGCUACAAUUAUUCUCCAUGCGUCUAUCAAGCUUUGAACCCUCGUAUCCCAUUAGUGUGUAUGGAAUAUGUGCCAUUCGGGAUUACUUGGACCCACGACGGAACUACGUCUUUAACCGUCCCAGGGAUGACGCUGUCACGAUUGAAAAGAAGAGCCCAUCUGUCGGGACUAGCGUCCACCAUUAUCCCAGAGGCCUGCGCUGUACGACCAGACCAAUUUUGGGCAUCUCGUAGAAGUGCUUCGCCCAUCCUGUUAAAACCAUCUACAAAACUGGUGUCAAUAUUUUGAAACAGCACAUCGGAUCUACCGGCUUCAGCAAUAUGGAUUAUGAAAUGCUCCCGGAUUUUGUAACAACCUCAGUAUCAAAUAUUUGAAUGCCUUCUAGAUGUUGGUACAUGGUUGUAAAGGAAUUCUGCAAGCCCAUGUGCCCAAGGAGGCAUGUGGCAGCAUGGACAUAAGCUCCUUUCCAUGGAAGCAUAUCGGCACAUUCAAUGUACUUCGGCAACUGUCCUCUGAUUUGUUUCUUUUUUUCGUUGGGCAGACCUUCAGGAAUCUCUGUUCUGUUCUCCUGGAUUCUCUUAUCCUUUCCCAAACUUUUUGAUGAACCCGGUCAGAUAGCCUGUUGGGCAAUCAAUAACAGUGCACAUCCAGUUCCCGCGGAAA